GGCGCAGGCGUCGGUGCGGGCCUCAGAAAAUCCUACCUAGUUGUGGGUCAGCACAGCGUCUGAGACUGUCAAAGAGCGUCCGCCCAGAGUCUGGCCAUCUUUACGCUUCAAGACUCAGGAAAGCGUCGUCUCUAGUCUGCAGUUGGGCCUGUGCCACGAGGCAGAGUGGCCUUGGAGCACACUGACCCAGGAACCAGAUGAGCAGGGACAUCUGCGUCCACACCUGGCCGUGCUCCUACUAUUUAGAACUUGAGAAGCGAUGGGUUCCUGGAAAACUUUCAUUAACUGCUCUCGCACUAAAAUUUGUGACUGAUAAAACUGGAGACAUUCUCGUCAACUUUCCCCUUUCUAGUGUAAUUGAGAUCAAGAAAGAGGCUUCCCACUUCAUCUUCAGUUCUCUCACCAUCCUGGAAAAGGAUCAUGUCAAGCACUGGUUUAGUUCCUUGCAGCCGAGUCGCAAUGUCGUUUUCCACAUCAUUGAGCACUUCUGGAGAGAGUUGCUGCUGUCUCAGCCAGGAGCUGAGGCGUCCUCCUCCCCCAUGACCAAGGGGAAGGAGCUGACUGGCCUGAUGGCCAGUUCCCAGAAGCGUCUAGAAGAUGCGGCCAGAGUCCUGCACCACCAGGGCGAGCAGCUGGACAGCAUUGCGAGUGGCCUGGACAAGAUGGAGUCUGACCUGGAUGUGGCUGACAGGUUGCUGACAGAACUGGAAUCUCCUUCUUGGUGGCCCUUUAGCUCCAAGCUUUGGAAGAUGCCAGCAGACACUAAGCCCAGUGGAGGCUUCUCAGUGUCUGGUUCCAGAGCUCUUGGAAAAGAAGGAAUACUGAUCAGAAUUCCUGCUAUCAUUUCCCAAAGAACAGAAUCUCAGGUUAAACCAGGACGGCUCACCAUCCUUGUUUCCGGGUUGGAAAUCCAUGGCUCAGAUUCUUUGCUCAUACACAGAUUUGAAAAAGAAGAUGUAGAUGACAUUAAGGUUCACACACAUUAUGAAGUUAGUAUCCGCCAGCGGUUCAUUGGGAAGCCAGACAUAGCUUUUCGCUUGAUAUCUGCCAAGAUGCCAGAGGUUAUCCCCAUUUUGGAAGUGCAAUUCAGCAAGAAGAUCGAGUUCUUAGAAGACGCCUUGAUGCUCAGAAGUGCUAGAACCUCUUCCCCAGCAGAGAAAGGCUACUCUGUCUGGCCCACAGCAUCCGGGCUGAUGGACUGCUCCAGGCACCAAGAGCCCUCGGGGGGCCAGGAAGGCAGACCACUUCAGCUACAGACAAGCGAGCCACUCAUCUCUGAGGGGGACACCCAGGAACUAAGACAGAUCCUGAGGAAGUUGAAAGGCCUCGCCUUGGAUGCAGAGAUGGAGCUGGAGAGACAGGACGAGGCCCUGGAUGGCAUCGCUGCCGCUGUGGACCGGACGACCUUAACCAUCGACAAGCAGAAUCGCCGAAUGAAAAAACUGACCUAGAAGGACAAGAAAGCACCAAGGUGACUGCUUUUAACGAGAAUCCCUUCUCUCAGUAUGGUACGUCGUCCUCAACCCCUGCAUGCUUCCUUUAGGGGAAGACCCUGGGAUAUCACUCCCUGGCCCAGGGGGUGUGGCUGCCUUGGGACCAAAGGCUGCUGCAAAGGCAGUGGCAGCGGCACAUGGGAAGCUGAGGUGCAGCUGUGGGAAGCAGUUCUGGCUGUAGACAGCGAGCAGCAUCCCCUCAAGGCCCCCACGGGCUGCCAGGUGUCAGGAGCACCCACACCUCGAACACGGGCUCAGCCCCACCCAGCCACCCACAGCACAUGACAGCUCGUCGUUCAGAGGGUAGGCUGCACCCCGCGCAUGUCCCCACCCCAGGUCUCUGGCAUCACAAGUAGCUGUAUUUUCAUCCUUUCUCCAUUCUGGCUAAGCAUAAAAGGAAGGCUUGCAUCCUUAUGAAAGAAUCCGCUAACUCUGCCCACCUAAACGCUGCAGGCGCAUCCCGUGUGGGCAGAAGGCCCUCCCCAGGGCCACUAGGGCCACUGCCAGUCUGAGCCUGCUUCUUACGCAGGCUGCUCAGCGCACACCCACCGCCUGCACUCGUUCUGGUUCUCUCUGGGGGACAGGCCGGUUUCCUUUUGGUUCUAUGGUAAUUUUCUAACUGAAGCUGAGAGUUUAGCACACCUUGAAGUCAUCAUAUAAACACCGGAAAUAAUUAUUUCACUGCGAGUUUUUAGCCAAAUGUGAAAAUAGUACAUACUGUGCCUGUUAAAAAAAAAAGUGUUGAUGUGCUUUUACUGCCACAUUUCUAUUGAGAAACAAGAGAAAUGCUAGUGUUAGAGUAUUUUUUGAAGAUACACAUUGACAUUGCUUUUUUUGUUUGGUUUUGGCUCCCUGAGAGGGCCCCUCAGGGGAAAGUGGAGAAGUGGGGGACCCCCUUCCCUUCUCACAACAGGUAGCCCCGGACUGCUUUGAAACAGCAUCCUGGAGGGUUGUGCCCAAGGGGGUGUCACUUUGAGGUGUCUUCCCCUCCCCCUCACUCUUGUAGGCCCACGCUGCCCACUUGUGCCCCGAGUUCUGGGUAAGGCUGAGUGUGCAGGUGCAGUGCUGCAUUUUGGGGCUGCCUGAACGGAGUACCGCAGAUGGAGGCAACAAUAGCAGUGUGAGCCAGGUCUGGAGCCAGAAGUCUGAGAUUAGGGUAUCACAGAGCCACGCUCCCUCGGAGGCUCCAGGGGAAAGUCCCUCCUGCCUCACAGCUGCUGGUGCUCCAGGCUCCCCUGGGUUGUGGCCACAUUACCCCAUUGCUCCUUCUGUCCUUAUGUGCCAGGCUCCCAUGUCUGUGUCUCACAUUUCCCCUCCCCUUCUCUAUAGGGACACCUAUGUUAGAUUCAGGGCCCCCUAAUCCAGGGUCAUCACAUCUCUGUCCUUACCUGGAUGAUGUCUGCAGAUACCUCACUUCCACAUAAGGCCACAUUCCGAGGUUCCCGGUCGGUGGGUGUGGGUUUUGGGUUGCCCAGGGAUGCUCAGCCUCGUGGAAGCUGACCAUUCCCGGAAGACAUGGGAAGUUACCCUUCCAGAAGUAACUUCCCUGAGGGUCUUCCCAGUAAAUUAAAGUCCUAGUCUCUGUGUCUUAUUCGGUUUGUACUUACUGGCCUCCAAGGUCCUUACUCUGACGCAGGCACACAAGCACUUGUUCCUGGCCUUUCCCACACACCACGUGGUGGGGUUCUUGAGGGGUUCUGAGCCCCAUGCUUGAUGCUGGGGAGGGGGCGGGGGCGGGGGCACACAGAGGCAUAGGUGUGUUGACAGGGGCAGCUACUGAAAGCUCUCACUGCCCGGAGGCGAUGGCACCUGGAUCAAGCCCUCACAGACCUGGGAGUGACACUGGAGGGAAGGCAGCUCGUGCCCUGGGCAUAGGCCUAGUGCGGGGGUAGGCUAUGCCCGACGCUCCAGCUUCUCCCGGCAGCCCAUGAGGGCAUAGUUCUCACCACGGCUGCACUUGGCUCCCAGAGACUCUGAAAAUGUACACACAUAGGCCAGGCUCCCGGGGAUUCAGAAAAUACAUCUACAUACUCAGCCUGGGCUCCCCAGGGACUCGGAAAAUACAUGUGCACAUGCACAUGCACACACUGGGCUCAGAAAAUAUGUAUACACACACACUGGGUUUAUGCAGGGACUCACACCACACGCACACACACGCUGGGGUCAACCAGGGACUCAGAAGAUAGACACAUGCAUGUUUACACAUGUGCACUGACCCCCAGCCCCUCAGUCAGAAUCUGGGGUAUACAUGUCCCCACAUGUUUCUAAUGAGCAGGCAGGUGGAAGCCAUAGGCCAAGUGACUUACGCUAUCGCACCUGCUCCUCUACAUCCAGCUCUGCAGAGCUCUGAACAGGGGAUUGAAAACAGCCUGCCCCGCCCAGCAGGGCACUGUGCCUGGCCCCACUCAGCCCCAAGCAGCUGUCUGAUACCUGCUUGUACUGAAGGCAGGCACCACCCAGCGCCCACAGGGCUCCGGACUGCACACACCUCAGAUGCUGACAGGCCUCUGGAAGUGGGGACCAGGACUCUGCUAGUGAUCCCUCUGUGAGCGAGCCCUGAGCUCUCCGGCUCACUCUCCUCUUCAGUCACCUGGGCAUGCAUAUACCUGAUACUGGGCAUGAAGGUGUGUGGGACCCAAAAUACGUACCAUUCACUAGAGGCUUAUUCUCCUACCUUUUCUCUCCUGCCAGUAAUUAAGGAUCAUGUGCUAUUUUUUUACCUUGGCCCCCCAUUUAACUUUUUAUACUUUAAAGCCUUCCAGUAGCAGAAAAUCUACCUGCCGAACUGAGUUGGUGACUGGAAGGCAAAGCACAGACACCUUACCUGUUUAAACCAGCUGGUUGGUAGUCCCCAGCUAGGGGAAAAUGCCCAGACCCUGAUGAAACCGAGAACUCCCCAGCCUACCCACUUCCCACCCAGAUACUCACCUCCACCUCCCAUUGCUCCUUCCCAGGUACACUAAUUCCUCCCUCUGCUCCCACAUCACAUGUACAAUAACUCCACUCCUACAACACCCCUCCCACACACAGGAGCACAAGUUCUAACUCAGAUCAGCUGCCCACAGUGAUGUAACUUUACCCCCCUCGCAUCCCCACCCCGGCUGUCUAACUUCACCUCUCACUGUCUGCCCCACUCCGGGUGCACUCUCUUGGCCUUACAUUUUGGACCCUGGGGAAAGACGCGAGGGGGAUGGAUGUUCUGAUGCUCUGAUGCUGGGCCUCAGGAGAGUGUUGGCAGGCUGCUGAUCUCUUGCCAUCCUCAGCAUCCUGAUAGUAAGUGCCGUGGUGGCUCUCACCACAUGAAUCACAUCAGGUGCGUGACCCUCUGGAGACUGGUGUGAGGACCGCAGUGAGCCUGUGUCAUUGUCACCAGCUGGGCAUUUGAAUGUGUCCCCGGUUUUGCAUUUUUCUCUCCUGAUGUGGCGCUUGUCCUGACGCUGAUGUUUGACCUGUGUGUUGGGUCAAGCUGUCCAUGUGCUCUAUUCCUGUACCACAGUCUCUCUGCCCUUUAACUUAUGUAUGACUCAUGGGAACGGAUUUUGUCAGUUUGUCACCCCAUAGGUCCUAAGACACAAUGCUGUGAGCUUGGUUUACACUACAUACUAAGGUGGACACAGUGCAAGGCCCAUAGCUAAUGUACCUGUGAAGCCCACAUUGAGCUGAAAUGAAACUGCUUUGACAUUUCAUCAAAAAGGGCAAUUCUUUUGUUUAAAGAAAGCAUCAGCAGACUUUCUGGGAGUGCAGGUAGUAACUGCUUCAUCUUUAAGCCCAUGUGGUGUCCGUCGCAACAUCUCAGGUGUGCUGUUUGCAUGAAGGCAACCUGGACUUGUGAGCAAAUGGGUGUCUAGCGCUUCAAUAAAACUACCUGUGAAAUCAA